UCGAGGUGGUACAUCGUUACGUCUUGACCCAACAGCAGUGUGACAGUGCUUCGUUCGACGACUCGUUAUAACCGACCGCGCCUCGCACAGUGACGCAAUGUUUGUUUACACGCUUGCACUUUUCCCGAUCGCCAUCUUCCUGCUGCUGCGGUACGUUUAUUCGUACUGGGAACGGUAUGGACUGCCACAUUUGAAGCCGGAGAUUCCAUACGGCAACCUGCGGACGGUUGUGGAAAAGAAGGAAUCGUUCGGUGUCGCCAUCAACAAUCUGUACCACCGUUCGUCCGACCGUCUGCUAGGGGUGUACCUGUUCUUCCGUCCGGCCAUCCUAGUUCGCGAUCCGCACCUAGCGAAACGUAUCAUGGUCAACGAUUUCCAGCAUUUUCACGAUCGUGGCGUCUACUGUAACGAGAAGGGUGACCCAUUCUCGGCCAAUCUGUUCGCCCUGUCCGGCGAACGAUGGAAGAGCAUGCGUGCGAAGCUGACGCCCACGUUCACGUCCGGGCAACUGCGGAAUAUGCUGCCCACGCUGAUGGACGUCGGUGGUAAGCUGCUCGACCGGAUGAACACGCUGGCGGACAAAAAAUCGGUCGUGGACAUGCGUGACAUCGCGCAACGGUUCGUGCUCGACACGAUCGCUUCCGUGUUCUUUGGCUUCGAAGCGAACUGUAUCCACGACUCGGACGAUCCGUUCAUGAAGACGCUGCUGCAGGUAAACAAACGGCGCGGCUUUGUCGACAACAUCCGCACGUCCGGUGUGUUUAUCUGUCCCGGGUUGCUUAAACUCACCGGACUGACGUCACUGCCUACGGAGUUGAUCAAUUUCGUCAUGGAAAUAAUUACGAAACAGAUCGACCAUCGCGAGAAGAAUCAAAUCAGCCGCAAAGACUUUGUGCAGCUGUUGAUUGAUCUGCGCCGUAACGCAGGUAAUGAUGGGGAGCAAGCCAUAUCUGUCGAACAGUGUGCGGCCAAUGUGUUUCUUUUCUACAUUGCCGGAUCAGAGACGUCCACGGCGGCGAUUUCGUACACGCUCCACGAACUUACUCACAACCCGGAAGUGAUGGCGAAGCUGCAGCAAGAAAUUGACGAAAUGAUGGAGCGGAACAAUGGUGAAAUCACGUACGAAAACAUCAACCAGAUGAAGUAUAUCGACUAUUGUGUGAAGGAAACGCUUCGAAAGUAUCCGGGUCUACCGAUUCUGAACCGCGAGUGUACGAUCGAAUAUGCGGUGCCGGACAGUGACAUUGUCAUUCCCAAAGGAACGCAAAUGGUCAUUCCUUUGCAAAGCAUCGCUAUGAAUGAGAAAUACUUCCCGAAUCCGGAACUAUAUUCUCCGGAGCGGUUCGAUGAUGCCACGAAAAAUUAUGAACCAGAUGCUUACUAUCCGUUCGGUGUUGGACCACGCAACUGUAUUGGUCUUCGGCAAGGUGUACUGGUGACUAAAAUUGGUCUAGUAUUACUGCUCUCCAAGUACAAUUUCCAAGCGACAAUUCCAGCCAAGGUGGAGUUUGCAGCCAUCAAUGUGGGCCUUACUCCGGUGGCUGGUUUACCCAUGCGGAUAGAGCACAGGAAGUAAUCCGCGGGGCUGUGCAUUGUGAUAUAACGUAUGCAUUUAAAAAAAGGACAAAUUUGUAACGAUUUGUCACUCGAAAUUCCUGCCACCAAGUGGAGAACCCAGCAUUGUUUCGUAUUUUGUAGCUAUUCUAUUAUAUGCAACCAAAAUUUGACAACUUUAACAGUUAAUGUGUGAAUGUGUCUCUACGGAAAUAGUAAGGUAACUGUUUUAGAGCGUUUGAUCAAACUGCAUGUGAGCAACACCAAUUGAAAGAAGUUUUGCGUGUAAAAGUUGAAGUAAUCGAUCGUCAACAGUGAAGAAGUACCUGAAAAAGAUUAACUUUGUUCUGUGAAUGUGUUGGCAAGACCAAUAAAAUUCAAUAACUUUUUGACCAUCACAGAUAGGCAGUUCAUAGCCAGUUCAACGUAACAAGAAGCUAAAAGAAGGUUAACAUGUUUGCUUUAGGUGUCUUUAACUAAGUUUCUGAACAGUAGGCUAUGGUCGCCGGACAAGUCUUCACAGCAUUUUUACCUAAUUGCUUCUUAAACAUAGGAUUCAAGCUUUAUUGUAUCCAAUAGUCUUUAUUAAGUUUUAGGCAUGCAAGUUCUAUUACGGACCGUGUUUGGCAUAUUAGUUAAGAAUCUUUAAAUUAACUGAAAUAAAAAUAUUUGGAUGAAGCAUAGAAGGGAGUAAAACGGAGAAAUAAAUGUAAAACAGUCGAAAGUUUAACCGCAGUUAUUAAUAGGAUAAGCAAAUUGUUUAAUUAAGGUCACCCAACCGGGCUUAUGAAUCCCAUCCGGGACGAGUCCAGCUACUAGUAAAUAAAAUCAAAGAAAAUCAGAAAUGACAGUCCUACA